AUGAAAUCAGUUCGGUUCUCAUUCAUCAACAAGAAAUUUGACGACCAAUAUACCUUUGAUCUUCAAGGCUAUCUUUCAGUGCGAGACUUUUGCACUACCUUCAAUCUAUUGAAUCAAUCCGUUCGAAAGAACCCCCCUCCCAGCAGCAAGUUCUUCUGGUUUACCCUGCUAUGGAUCCUCUGGAUGAUUGCUAUCAUUGGCAACUAUUUAAUAUGGCUAUUUACGCAGAGCUCGUACGGUCUAAUCAUAUUGCCAUUCUUUAUGUUACUCACUACAUUGCUUGUCGUCUGGAGACACAGAGUAUUGCGUCAAAGAUUUGAGCUUGGCAUUCUUUGUGUUUGUAAUCGUAUCAAUGCAACAGAGAACAUUCGCGGCAUCAACUAUCGCUUUAGCAAAAAUGGAUCUGAUCUCAAUGACAUUGCAAAACAAAUAAAAGUAACCGAUAAUGCGAACAUGAAGACAGUUUAUUCUAUCGUCCUUGAAUUUGAUGAUCGCUACAAUGCGCUAACCAGCCAGCAAUUCAAUCGAUAUCCAAGCGUGGAUUUUGUCACUGUGCCGCUGUAUGCUCAUGUCAAUCCAUCCAAAGACGAGAAAAAGAGCAGCAUCUAUCCUGCUUGGUCCUACAAGAGCAAACAGCAAAAGCAGGAGCAGUAUGAUGAGAAAUACAUCAUUCAAUAUCAGUAG